AUGUUCCACAAAGAAGACAAAAAUCAGCUAGCAGAAAAUAAGGGUGAAUCUUGUUUUAGACUUAGUUCGUAUGCGGGUCGAGUAGCAAAACCAGCGAAUCACUACAUCAGGUGGAAUUUACUAUUUACUUUCCUAAUAUUUCUCUUCAUUUCAUCGUCUGUAUGGGUCCCUGCUAUUCCUGCUUUAAAUGACUUCGCCCUAGAAAUCGUCACCAUAAUCUGCAUUAUUCUUCAUCUCCUUUGGAUGAUCGCUGUUUUCAAUGCACUGAGGUAUACGUGGCGCCUUAGAACUUACGCGAGCCAUAAGAUCGAUCUCAGCAAGGUUCAUAACCCGGAGAAAAUACAGGUGAAGCAUUUGGUGGGUAUUUGCAUUUACAAAGAGCCAUUGCAACUAGUUAUGGACACCGUAGAUAGUAUCGCUUCGCAGCCGGAUGCCAAAAUGAAGAUUACCUGCUUAGUUGGCAUGGAAGGCGGCACUCCUGAAAAAGAAAAGAAGAAGCAAGUUCUUCACGAGAAGUACGACUCGAAGUUUGAUCGCUUUAUAGUCACUUUUCAUCCGAAAGGGCUUCCUGGAGACAUACCUGGAAAGUGUUCAAACUUCAAUUAUGCUUGUCGCCAAGCUAUCAAGCAAUUAAGGCUUGACAAGGACUAUCCUUUGGACAAAUCUGGCAGUAAAGUAGAGCUUCUCGUGACAACCGGCGAUUGCGACUCGAUUUUUGGAGAGAGAUAUUUUGAUGCCAUGGAGGAGGACUAUUGGAACCUCACUGCUGAGCAACGACGUUCUACAGUUUGGCAGUCACCGCUAUUCUACUGCAUCAAUCUCGAUAAAUCGCCUUUUUUUGUAAGAGUCACUGGUCUGCUGAGGUUCGCUACGCUAAUUAACUUUGACUCCAGACGUCGAAAGACCAACUUCAUUGACAGGGCAUUCUUUAUGAUGGGAUACUUGAUACCAUGGAAUAUCAAUACAAUGAGCAUUUUCUCACUUACUCUGCCAUUGCUUGAAGCGGGCGAGUACACGCAUCCAGGCUAUCAGAUGGACGAUAUAAUUGCGUUAAUCAGAUGGUCAUUAGCUGUCAGGCGAAAGUGCAUAAUCCGUCCAAUUCCGGUUGCCACUCUUAGUGGGCCGACAAGCGGGAAAAAUUAUAUUGACGAAUGGUACGAAUGGGCGCGUCAAGUUCGUAGGUGGACAAUAGGAGCAGCUGAGGUUUUCCACUACUUCGUCAUCAAAUUUUUCCGUCUGCCAUUCAUUGUUUCACUUUCUUUUGCUGCCAAAUUCGUAUUCUAUUACGGCUUUCUACUUUGCAUAGCAUCUGUGUACACCAUAGUUGCUCCUCUCGUUACGCCAGCCAUGUUAAGUGCCGUUGACCACGGUGUCUGGGGUCUGGUGAUCCCAUCAAAGAAUGUGUUUACAUGGAUAAUGUUAGGGUUUCUUGGUUUACAGUAUAUAUGGUUCUUCUUUGUGUUUCUAGUAAAUUAUCUGUGUGAACCGGUGUUUCCAGCUGGGAAAAAAGACAAAACUGGCCUUAUUCGCAAUAUAUUCCAUUGGAUAAUGACAUGGCCUACGAUAACUAUGUACUGCAUUGUGGAACUCGUGGCAUUCUUGGAGGUAACUGUACGUGGAAAAUCUGUCUGCUCUCACAAUGCUUCUAAAAAGGAUAAUCUUGUUGCUCCACUUACCACUGUGCCAGACAGAAUGGAAGUUUGA